AUGGGUGGUCAUCAUCACGGUCCAGCUCCUCUUAGAGAGGAUAAAGGUUUCCAAGCCUGGUACAACAUGAGAGAAAAUUUGGGUGAUUACUAUAAAUUCACUAAACGUGGAGCCAGAGCAAACAUAAUAUUUAUGGGUAUCAUUCCAUUGGCUUUGGGUUAUUUGGGUUAUUCUACUAUCGGCAAAUAUACAUUUGAUGAUAAGAGAAGAAGUCAGCCAAUUUAUGAGGAUUAUGUACCAAGAAAGUUGUGA